AUGUCGUCCACAUCCGUUCUUACACCCGAAGAGAAGGAACACUUCCUCACCCACGGGUGGGUCAAGAUCUCCAAUGCCUUCACGCAGGAACAAGCCGACAAGGUCAACGCCAAUGUAUGGACCCGCCUGGGCAUGGACCCCAACGACCAGUCCACAUGGACACGCCUGCGCACCAACAUGCCCGGCCACAACAAGUUUGACCCCGCCGACUUUGCGCCGCGCGCCUGGGCUGCCAUCUGCGAGCUUUGCGGUGGCGAGGACCGCGUCGACCCGGCCUCGAGGGAAUGGCGUGACUCGCUGAUUGUCAACCUGGGCGACGAGAAGCACGGCGGCAAGCCAGUCCCGCCACAGGAACUGCCCGAGUGGCAUGUGGACGGCGAUUUCUUCGUCCACUACCUCGACAGCCGCGAGCAAGCGCUGUUGGUAACGCCACUGUUCACCGACAUCGUCUCCAACGGCGGGGCGACGAUGAUCUGCCCAGAGGCGAUCCCCAAGAUCGCCAAGCACCUAUACGAGCACCCGGAGGGCGUGUCGCCGCGCAUGGUGCCGCGCGGGGAGGAAGGGUUCCAGGUGGGCCAGCACAAGGACCUGAGCUUCUUCUGCAACGUGGCCAAGAGCUGCGACAACUUCGUCGAGGCCACGGGCAAGGUCGGCGACGUCUACCUGAUGCACCCGCUCAUGCUGCACGCGCCCUCAAGUAACGCCCUGCGCAAGGUGCGCAUCAUCAUCAACCCGGCCGUAUCGCUCAAGGAGGAGCACUGCUUCGACCGCGCGGAUGGGAACUACAGCCUGGUCGAGCAAUUCACCCUGCGCGCGCUGGGCAAGGAGAGGCUGAGUGGGUGGAAGGCCACGGGGCCGAGGGAGACGGUCGUCCCGGCGCGGCUGCAGGUGCAGGAGAAGAUGAGGCAGGAGGAGCUGAAGAGAUUGGCCGAGUUGAAGGCGAAGGAGGAACAGAAAACCGUCAGCGCGACGGCUUAA